GGAGGGCGUGGCCAUCAUGCUGGGCGUGUGCAGUAGCGGCCUGCUCGUCUACAGAGACAGACUGAGGAUCAACAGAUUCUCGUGGCCGAAGAUUCUGAAGAUUUCGUACAAAAGAAACAACUUUUACAUAAAGAUCCGACCUGGAGAGUUUGACCAGUUCGAGUCCACGAUUGGUUUUAAGCUUUUUAACCACAGAGCAGCAAAGAGACUGUGGAAAGUCUGUGUGGAGCAUCAUUCCUUCUUCAGGUUGGUGUCUCCAGAGGAACCUCCUAAGAAAUUUCUGUCUCUGGGUUCAAAGUUUCGUUACAGUGGUCGGACUCAGAUUCAGAGUCGCAGAGCCAGCGCUCAGAUCUCCAGACCUGCACCAAAUUUCCCACGAUGUGUCAGCAAGAGGAACAUGCUGAGCCGCAGCCUGGACGGAGGCUCGAGGACCACGCCCACGCCCUCUCUGAUUGGCUCUCCAGCCAUCACAGCCCUCCCCAAAGCCAACGGCGGUACACACACAGAUAUGGGUUCAGGACUGUAUGCAGCAUCUAAAUCCAUAGCUGUCAGUGACCUCAUCACCAUGGUAACACCUGAGAGGAGGACAGAGGAGAGGAGGGUGGAGCAAGAGGACGAGGUGCUCGUGGUGGAGGAGGUGGUGCAGGAGGUGAUGGAGGAAGAGGAGGAGACGAGAGCGACGGACAUUUCUCCUCCGACUCCUCACAAACAGGAAACCAAGACGGAGUUGACUGACACUGUGGACGGAGACCUGACAGCCACUGAGUCUGAUCAGGAUGAAGAUUUGAAAACUCAGGAGACAUUGAGUCCUGAGGAUGUCCAGAAACCUCAGAGCACCAUCAGCGCGCUCAGGCGCUCCUUCUUAGAGGGAGGGGGAGGAGGGGGGGUGACUGAAUGGGAGAGACGUCUUGCUGCGUCGCCGCUACGACGAAUCGACGACUCUCCGAUGAUCGAACCUCUGGAGCCAGAGGAGCCCCUCCCACUGGACAGCAGCUCUUCAGAGGAGGGCGGGGUCAUAACAAACCAACGAUCCCCUCAGCCAAUCAGAGAGAAGAGUUACACUGUGGGGCGGAGCUACGACACCACCUCGGGCAGGACUGUCACCAUGACAACUAGGGAUAAUAGCUCUGAUGUUGCCAUGACACCAAGCAUUGACCUGGACAGGCAGGUUCGAGUCAUUCCGCUCUCUGCUGCUGAUGAUGUCAUCACAGGGGGGUCACUGAUGACCAUCUGUGAGGUGAAGACGCCGAUCUCACCGUCAGAGCCCCUGUCCACCAUCUGUGUCGUCAUUAGUGAGACUGGAGGAAGUGGGGUCAGAGCGCUGGACCCCCGAGGGGCUGGAGGCUCAGUGAUGACCCCCCUCCUCCAUCCCAGAUCACCUGUGGAGGAGCUGAACCUAAGUCCUGCCCCCAGCAGGAAGUCACCCUCCAUGGCCAGAGUGGUACGCUAAUUGGCUGGUUGAUGAUUGUCAUGGAAACAAGCAUGAGGAAUAAACACAGUGUCCUCGCAGUGACAAGUUAACCCCCCCCACUGUGCU